AUGUCAAGGGGCCAUCGAUCCACACCGUCGAUUUCCGAUCAGACGCGCAUCGAACGACCAAACAGCAUAGUCUCUCCGCACCGACCGCACCUUUACCUAUUUCGUCUCCGCCGCCGGAGGCCACCGACGGCCGUCGCACCUCCCCUUCGAAACCCUCCUCCGCCGGCGUGGGAUCCGCUCCGCUCCGAUGGAGGCGCCGCCUCUCCCUCCUGCCCCUCCGCCAUCCCAUCCGCCGCCACCUCCACCCCCCGACCUUACCUCCACCCUCGCCCGCCUCCGCUCCCUCCUCUCCGCCGCGUCCUCCGCCCUCGCCGCCCUCCCCUCCUCUCUCCUCCCCCACCCAACCGGCCCCCGAACCAGCAUCCCCUCACCUCAGCCCACACACCGCCACCCUUCCACUCCCGCCGCCCGCCACCAGCCAUCACCCUCCCGCUCCCGGCCGCCCCAGCCCCCUACUCCGACUGCCCCGCCGUCGUCCGCACCACCCCCACCCCGAUCCCCGCGGUCUCCUCCCUCCCCGCAGUCAUCGCUGCCGAGUGCGCGGAUUUCUCCUCUUUAAGUACCGCCCAGAGCCCCUCCCCGCCGCCCCGCAUCCUGCCGUCGGAGCUCAGCCUCCUGCGCCGGGAGCUGGACUCCUGGGGCGCGGGGGGGGACCACCUCCCGGGGUCGUACUCCUACGCCGUAACACGGGUGGCGGCCGCGUUCCGCUUGGGUGUGACGCCGCGGUGGGAGGCCGAGCUGCGGCGGUGGGUGCUUGGGAGCUCACCGAGGUACGGGGUCAAGGUCCACGUCGCGGAGGCCGACCAUAUCUGGGUGCUGCUGUGGCUCUGCUUGAAGGUGAUGGCGGCGGAGGCUGGGUGCUCGCUGGAGGGGAUGCACAAUGGGGAUGGCAGUGAGGGUGUAGGUUUUGAUCCCAGGGCCAUGAGAUUUGAGUGCCCGAGGCUGGUUGAGGGCAUCUCAUUGUUAGGCGCACAGCUUGGGGUUCUGUAUGGUGAAAGCAAUGGGAGACUCUUUGCUCUUGCAGCAGUGAAGGAGGCAGUGCUGCAGAUGGCGUAUUGCUUGGUUGUUGGUGUAGGUGCAGCUGGUGGAGGAGAGGGCGAGGUUGGAGCUGGUGGAGGUGCUGGUGAAAAAGGAAGUAAUGCUGGAGAUGCUGAGCUCAACGCCCGUCAAAAUAUCAGCUAUUAAUUGAGUAUUCACGAACAUUGGAACGAGGGAACUUGGAGCGAUCGAACAGACCAAACUACAGAACUGUUAUGGAGUAUGAUGGAAUUCUGUCACGGCGAGUAGAGAACCAGGAAUCUGCUAGAACCAAGACAAAGGAGGAGCUUUUAGCUGAAGAACGAGAUUACAAACGAAGAAGAGCAUCUUACCGUGGCAAGAAAGUGAAUCGAAACCCUACAGAGAUACUAAGAGACAUAAUCGAUGAGCAUAUGGAGGAAAUCAAACAGGCAGGAGGUAUUGGUUGUCUUGUGGAAGGUCCUGCUGACAUCGCACCAAAUGUGCUUAAGAGCAACUCUCAUGGCAGUACAUAUCAAGGAAGUUAUGAUUUUUCUAGCAGCUCUUCUCAUGAUAAGGCAGCAUUGGGUUCUCGGUCAUCUGGUUGUAACAAGUCACCACGUUCUGAUUCUUUGGGAAGAUUUUCAUCAAGGAGCCGUGACACAAGAGAUUCGUACAAGACCUCAAGAUAUGAAACUCAUGGGAAGCGUUAUUUAUCUGAGAAUGAAAAUAGGUGGGGUGUAGGAUCAGAAAGUGAAAUAGAUCAAAGUUAUCCUUACCAGCAAGAGAACCGUAGACGUCAAAGAAGCUCCAAUGAUAAUAGAAAUUAUGGUUAUAAGAAGGGUGUCUCAGACCACCGUCCUGAAUCUAGUGAUUGUUCAACACAAUCACAAAGAUCUUCUGUCACAGAAUAUGCUCGCAUGUCAGGAGAAGGGAGCAGUGAUAGAAGUAGAGCUAGUCAGAAGCGACAUAGAUCAUUAUCUGUUACUCAAGACCAGUUCAGCGAUAGAUAUGAUCCCCAAAACACAUAUUCUGAUGGAGUUCCCCUGACAGGCAAGCUUUGUGAUGCUACUGAGGAAGCACACCAUCGCAGACAUCAUGAAAGAAAGCAUGGUCACCAUCACUGAAGGAUAAUAGCGAUUAUUUUUGCUUUCUAUGUCAGUAGCUAAAUAAUACAGGGCUCUGGGUUAUUAGCCUUCAGCUGUAUCCUUUUAUGUAUCCUCAUGCAGCUUUAUAACUUCCUUACUUUCUCAAUUAAUAUCUGUUGCAGCUGGUACCUUUCUCAGGAUCUAUUAGCUGAUGAAGUUUUGCCUUGUUUUACAAAUUUAUUUACACCGAUCAAGGUUCAUAUUGUGCUGUCUUGCAAAAAUCAGUCAUGUUUAUCUUAUGCUAAUGGUUAUUUUAAUUAUAUCACUGCUAAUGUUUCGGAAAUCGGAAGCACUUUCUGCUAAUGUUCAAGAAUUUUGUUUUAAAUUAAUUUAUUCUGUAUUUUUACCCAGUAUGAGCUGGCAAAGGAAUUUCAGCUGUCUGCUUUUGCUCAACUAGAGUUCAGAGAGUUUUUUUUCCUGAAGCUCUGUUUUUUUGGUUAUCUAUGCAAGUUUAUCCUCACCUGGUUAAGACUACUGAUGCAUAUUUGCUUGAACAUACUUUGUUCAUUCUAAUUCAUGUGUGUUUUGGAUGAGAGUUGGUAUGCCAUUGAUCCAUUUACUUCUGUGCCUGAUCAUUUUACAUGAGUCUGCCUCAAGGGUGUGUGGAAAUGGGGAUUUUUCAAGGUGCAACUAAUAAGUUUUUUUGAUGGAUACUAUUAAAUCCUUGCGCGUAGGCUCAUUAUCUUCUAUGAUGUAGGGAGGCAUUGCACUCAAGAUUAUAAGUUAUAACACUGAUGGUAAAAUUGUGAAUAAUGGAAAACCUGAAUUCCCUUAAGAAGUGUUUUUAUUUGAAUUAUUUAAAGUACCUACCUUUCAAUCAAAGCUGAAAUAUUUUAGUGAAAAAAAUAAAAUUGGUUUAUUAUUAUUAAAACCUGGUGGUCAUGCUCUUUUGAAACACUCCUAGUUCCAGCAUGCCAUAUGAUUGUUUGCCUAUGCUUUGUUAACAAUAGUUGCCUUUUUUUGCAUAAAAGAAAACUGGCAAUUAAGUUUCGAUCCAAGACCAUCCUUAUUUGUGCAGAUAUGCUACCUCUGCACUUCCAAUGUUGUGUAGGUAGUUUUUCACAAUUCAGCCAUAGGUUACUGCCUAAUGUGCUCUCAUGACAACACUUUUUCUGCUUGUAAAUACUAACUGAUUCACGUCAAUUUCAUAUGCUGUUCCAUUCGGCAAAAGGUGUAUAAUUUGUUGACACAUUAUUCUGUCUCAAAACAUAUCUAAUUUGCUAUCAUAUUUCUUGUAGGCAAUCAAUCUGAGCAAUGGGGCUAGUUCACAAACUACUUAUCAACUGAUACAAGUUAGAUCAUUUUGUUGUAGAAUGUGCACUCCCUAGCUACUUUUGUACCAUUUUGAGAAAUAUAUAGUGCUGUGUUCAAGAACUACCGUGACAUUAUGUGGAAGCCAAGCAUCAUGCCAACCUUGAACAGUCAACAAUCUGUUCUAGAACUACCGUGACUUUAUGAAGAAGAUGCGAUGUUUUCUUACUCUGCUUAAAUUGUUGGCUGAGGCAUUCGAAGUAAUGAAGAUGAACGGGGUUGUUGAUUUCAAACUUA